AUGGGGUCCUCCGAUACUUUCCCGACCCUAGAGUCCCUUCAUUUCCCGGAGCAGCUGUCAAUUUCCCAGACACUUUCGUCUCUGCGUCGAUCGGCACUGUCCGUCGCCAAUCGGCUACAGUCUAUUGAGACAGAUGCUACCUUUGCACAAGAGGUAGCCGACCAUUAUGGCUUACCGCUGGUUGCCAAUGAACGCUGCGGAAGCUGGUAUAUCCCGCCGACGGCCAAAGCUGGCAGUGCUUAUUUCAAAAGCACCGAUGGCCACACCGGGAUCAUGGGGGAGCGCUCUAUUAACCAGUCCCUAGUGAUGCCAGAUGCAUUAUCAAAAACCGUCCCAAUCUGGAGCGCCGUUCUAAACAGAGCCCUGUUCCCAUCCGCAACUGCAUACCACCCAGUCCGCCUUCCACCCAAUUACUUGGGCGCAUCGGAAGAAGCGCAGAUCGAGAAUCGAAUCGAAGGAUUCGUGCAUUCUCUAAAGAGCCUAAAGCUCGAUCUGGAUAAUCUGCGAGAGCAACUCGGCAAGCCCAUCGAGAUCGCCUGGGCCAACAGGACAUAUUUCCACCCGGCAGAUCUGCACACGAGUGAUGAGUAUAAUCUACUCGUACUAUGCUCCGCUUCUAGGCGCGUGCAUGGCGCCGAAAUGUCCGAGGGCGGAUACAUCCAAGGCGCGGGCGAUGAUAGCGAGGCGUGGGCGCAUGGGCUGACGCCGCCUGUUUUCUGGGCUAAUCAGGCUAUUUUGAAGAAUACACCCGAAGACGAAUUGCCGGAGCUAAUUGACCGACUGGUGGCUGAGCAUAAACUGCUAGAUGUGGCUCAGGACGCGACGCUGAUCUCUCCUACGCGCAAUUUGUACAUUGGCUCCACGGGUGAGGGCGUCAGUGCUGAGAAUCGGUAUGAUCUUGUCAUUGACUGUAAUGGGAGUGCUGCGGCUGGGGAGGGCAACGCAAAGCGGCUUAAUUUGAGAUGUGAUUCUGGGAAACUGGGAAGUCGGGAUCUACGGAAAUGCCUGGAUAAGGUGCGUGACUUUAUCGGCGCCCGUCUUGGGGCGGAUCCGACGCUGUCGGUGCUGGUUACCUGCGAGAAUGGGAAAGAUCUCUCGGCAGGGACGCUUCUGGCGAUCAUUUGUCUGUUUUAUAACGGCGAGGGUGGCUUCGAUGCCUCACUGAGCAAGCGCGCGAUCAGCAAGCAGUUUAUUCGACAGCGUCUAGCCUGGCUCGUGUCGUCAAAACAUGACGUGAACCCGUCUCGCGCCACGCUUCAAUCUGUCAAUGCUUUCCUGAUGCAGCCGCCGGAUUAUUGA